GAGGAAAGAGCAACUCGCGGCGGCGAUGAUAGAGGUGAUAUUGAAUGACCGUUUGGGCAAGAAGAUCCGCAUCAAGUGCAACCCCGACGACACCAUCGGCGACCUCAAGAAACUCGUCGCUGCACAAACAGGCAAGCCAGCACGGCAGCGCUACACACCGCCACAAAACGAACACAGCCAGACGCAGACAGACACACCGACGCACCGCAUCCCCCACAUCCACGACUUGGUGUGUGUUUGUGUUUCGUGAUUGUGCGUGUGUCAGGUACACGUUGGGACAAGAUCCGCAUUCAGAAGUGGUACACCAUCUACAAGGACCACAUCACACUCGAGGACUACGAAAUACACGACGGAAUGGGACUCGAGCUCUACUACAACUGACCGCCGCACUCACCAGCCGCAAAGCCAGCCAAUCGUAACCGAGCACCACCACGACAGGAGGGACGCUAUUGAUGCCGACGAGGAGGCCAGACAGACAGACAGACAGACAGACAGAGGAGGAGGAGGAGGCUCUGAUGGGGCAGCACACAUGGGUGCAGGCCUGUGUGUGUGCACGGGAGAGAGGAGAAGAGGGCAUAGCCCUAGCUGGAUGGAUGGAUGGAUGAGAGCGGGGGCUGCGUGAGGUGAGGCGCUGCUUUGUCGAUGGGGUGUGGGCAGGCAGACGGCGAUCGGUGGGCCGGGGGGACUGUCAGUCAGUUGAUUGAUGAUCAUCAUGUCAUGUCGGUCGUGUGUAUACUUGACCUGCUGACUUUCUUCGCGGACGCUCGGUGAAAUCGACGUGUUGACGGGAUGGGUGUGCUGCAGUGCACUCACAUGGGGUGGCAUGAGGUUAUUUCGGUGUG